CUUGGAUUGGGUGAGCCUCUGUGGUCCCGCCCCGGGACCUGGAAGUUCCCACUGGAUGGGGGAGAGCUCCGAGGGCUCCCGGUCCGGACCGCACUUCUUGAUAAGCCCUGUGCCCACCUAGGGGAGGCUGUGAGGAUGGAGGCGACGUGAGUGUGUACAGCACACAGAGGGCACUGCCUUCUACUGCUAGCAGAAAACGCUGCACAGGUAACUAGCAGAGAGUGCUGUGCUUCUAUGAGGAAGCGGCCCCCGGCAAAGCUGUAACGAUGUCCGACAAGAACCAGGUUGCUGCCAAAGCUGCCCUUAUCGAGCAGCUGAUGUCUAAGAGGAAUUUUGAGGAUCUGAGCAACCACCUCACCGAGCUGGAAACUCUGCAUGUGACCAAGGAGCUUCUCCAGGAAACAGACGUGGUCCGUGCUGUGUACAGAGUCCUCAAACACUGCCCUACGGCGGCUCUGAAAAAGAAAGCCAAGUGUUUGUUGUCAAAAUGGAAAGCUCUGUAUGAGGAUGCUCAGGUCAAGGCCAAGGGCAGCCCUAAGCUCUCCCCUUCGGGCAGACAGAAGGAAGAACAUCAAAGACUUUCUCCCAACCCAAGUCAGGAUGCAGCUCGGGGCAGCUCCAGUUCUCAUUCUCCGCAGCCAUCCCAAGAUGUUGCUGGAGCCCCUGAAAUGAACAUGCCAGAAAAUAGCCCUGGUGCAGGGGAGCCUGAGGCAGCGCAUCUCAGGGCUGGUGACCCUAAAUCCACCGACCAGAGCUCGGGCGAGCUGCAGGAUCCCACGCGGCCCGUGCGAGCCAAGUGCACAGAGCUGCUGUACGAAGCUCUAGCUGCUUUUUCCACCGAGCAGCCUCGAGCCGAUUUGUGGCACCGGUUUGCACAAGAAAUCGAAGAGUGCAUUUUUACCCUUCACGCCAAGAACCUCAAAAAAUAUAAAACUUGUAUCCGAAGCAAAAUUGCCAAUCUCAAGAACCCCCGCAAUUCUCACUUACGAGAAAACUUGCUCUCCGGGAUCAUGUCUCCAAGGGCAUUUGCCGAAAUGACCGUCAUGGACAUGGCAAGCAAGGAACUGAAGCAGUUGAGAGCCUCCUACACGGAGUCCUGCAUUCAGGAACAUUCCCUCCCCCAGGGCGUGGAGGGCACUCCGACCAAGAAGGUGAGAUGCCGGCGCUGCGAGAAAUUCAAUUGCCAGGUCACCGUAAUCGCCAGAGGGGCCCUCUUCCUUCCAAGCUGGGUGCGGAAUGCAAAGCCGGAUGAAGAGUUGAUGACCUACGUCAUCUGCAAGGAAUGUGGGGAGCAGUGGUACCACAGCAAGUGGGUGUGCUUGUGACGGUAAAUAAAUGUCCUCUUAAUAGCA